AUGUUAUAUAGGAGCUGGCUGUUGUGGCUGACUAUCUUGCUAGCUUUGUGGAUUUCAUCAGAGGCGCAAGAUGGCCAUGGAGAAGAUGAGACUACUUUUGACUUACUGCAGAUCAGCAACAUAAACAGGAAGACAAUUGGAGCAAAAGUAUUCCGGGGUAACCUCUCCGGUGUCCCAGCAUACCGCUUCAUCCGGUUUGAUCACAUACCUCCGCUUAACUCAGAGAAAUUAAAACAGAUUGUUAAGCUGAUCCAGCAGAAUGAAGGCUUCAUACUUACAGCCACCCUGAGGCAGGAUAGGCAGUCCAGAGGCACUCUUGUGGCCCUGGAAGGCCCCAAAAUCUCUCAGCGGCAGUUUGAGAUUGUUUCCAAUGGCCGAGACAAUACACUUGAGCUUGCCUAUUGGGUAGAUGGCUCCCGCAAGGGGUAUCCCUUGGAAGACGUGGACCUAGCCGAUCUACAGUGGAAGAAUAUCACUGUGCAAGUAACAGGAGAAAACUACAGUCUCUAUGUCGGUUGUGAUCUCAUCGACAGCUUAAGCCUUGAGGAUCCUUUCUAUGAAUACCUGAAAGCAGAGAAAAGUAGAAUGUAUGUGGUAAAAGGAUCAACAAGAGAGAACCACUUCCGGGGUCUCCUUCAAAAUGUUCAUCUGAUUUUUGGAAAUUCAAUUGAAGAGGUCUUAUACAACAAAGGCUGCCAGAGGACCCAGUCAGCUGAAGUGAACACCAUUAAUGAGAACACGGAGAUCCUUCACCUUAGCCCUUCGGUCAUGACAGAGUAUAUUGGUGACAACAUGGAGAAAAAGGCAGAAUUCUGUGAUCGCUCUUGUGAAGAGCUUGGUUCUAUGUUUACUGAACUCACCGGACUGCGGAUUGUUGUCAAUGGCUUAACUGAAAAGUUAGAAAAAGUGUCUGAGGUGAAUGAAAAGAUUGUGUCUGAAUUACUCGGUCCCAACAAAACACUCAAGAACCAGUCUGCUUGCUGGCAAGAUGGCCGUGAAUUUGCAAACAACGCCCAUUGGGUUGUGGACAGCUGCACAAAAUGCCACUGCCAGAAUGCUAAAACAGUCUGUAAUAAAAUCACUUGCCCAGCUGUGCAUUGUGUCAGUCCGUUGUUUAUUGAGGGCGAAUGCUGUCCUGUCUGUUCACACACUGAUGAUAGCGAAGAGGGCUGGUCUCCUUGGUCUGAAUGGACAGAAUGUUCCAUGACGUGUGGAUCUGGAACACAACAGCGGGGAAGGUCAUGUGACGUCACCAGCAACACUUGCCGAGGCCCAUCCAUUCAAACCAGAACCUGUUCCCUUGGCAAAUGUGACAAUCGCAUACGUCAAGAUGGUGGCUGGAGCCAUUGGUCCCCUUGGUCUUCCUGUUCUGUGACCUGUGGAGCAGGCAACAUAACUCGCAUUCGUCUCUGCAACUCCCCCAUCCCACAGAUGGGCGGAAAAGGCUGCAAAGGAAGUGGCCGUGAAACGAAGGAAUGUGAGGGACCCCCAUGUCCAAUCAAUGGACGAUGGAGUCCUUGGUCUCCAUGGUCUGCGUGCUCAGUUACCUGCGCAGGAGGGAUUCGUGAGAGAUCACGUCUCUGCAAUAGCCCAGAGCCUCAGUUUGGCGGGAAGCCAUGUGCGGGAGAUGUCAUCCAGCGUGAUAUGUGCAACAAGCAGGAUUGUCCAAUAGAUGGAUGCUUGUCGAAUCCUUGCUUUCCUGGGGCAGAAUGCAGCAGCUACCCUGAUGGUUCUUGGUCCUGUGGCGCAUGCCCUGCUGGUUACCUUGGAAAUGGGACAUUCUGUGAGGACCUUGAUGAGUGUGCAGUAGUGCCAGACGUUUGCUUUAAGUUAAAUCAGAACCACCGUUGUGUAAACACGAAUCCAGGAUUCCACUGCUUGCCAUGCCCUCCACGCUACAAAGGAAAUCAGCCUUAUGGGGUGGGCCUAGAAGCUGCCAAGACAGAAAAACAAGUAUGUGAACCUGCCAAUCCUUGCAAAGACAAAACACACAACUGCCACAGGUCAGCAGAGUGCAUCUACCUGGGCCAUUUCAGUGAGCCCAUGUACAAGUGUGAAUGUAGGACGGGCUACGCUGGUGAUGGAUUCAUCUGUGGUGAAGAUUCUGACUUGGAUGGAUGGCCCAAUAAUAACCUGGUCUGUGCUGCCAAUGCUACUUAUCACUGCAUUAAGGAUAACUGCCCUCUCCUGCCUAAUUCUGGGCAAGAAGACUUUGAUAAAGAUGGGAAAGGUGAUGCCUGUGAUGAGGAUGAUGACAAUGACGGUGUAGAAGAUGACAAAGACAACUGCCCCCUGCUUUUUAAUCCCCGUCAGUUUGAUUAUGACAAGGAUGAAGUUGGAGACCGUUGUGACAAUUGCCCCUAUGUGCAUAAUCCCGCUCAGAUUGACACAGAUAAUAACGGGGAGGGCGAUGCGUGUGCUGUGGACAUUGAUGGAGAUGAUGUCUUUAAUGAACGAGACAAUUGCCCGUAUGUCUACAACACAGACCAGAGCGAUACAGAUGGGGACGGAGUUGGUGAUCAAUGUGAUAACUGUCCACUGGUACACAACCCGGAUCAGACUGAUGUGGAUAAUGACCUGGUUGGUGAUCAGUGUGACAACAAUGAGGACAUAGAUGAAGACGGGCACCAGAAUAACAAAGAUAACUGUCCCUACAUUCCCAACGCCAAUCAGGCCGAUCAUGACAAAGAUGGGAAAGGGGAUGCUUGCGAUCCCGAUGAUGACAAUGAUGGUAUCCCAGAUGACAGGGACAACUGUCGCCUCACAUUCAACCCUGACCAGAAGGAUUCUGAUGGUGAUGGCCGAGGUGAUAUCUGCAAAGAUGACUUUGACAAUGAUAAAGUUCCAGAUAUUCAUGAUGUAUGUCCUGAAAAUGAUGCUAUUAGUGAAACUGAUUUCAGAAAGUUCCAGAUGGUCCCCCUGGAUCCUAAAGGAACAGCUCAGAUUGACCCAAAUUGGGUUAUUCGUCACCAGGGCAAAGAACUGGUACAGACUGCUAACUCCGAUCCUGGCAUAGCUGUCGGUUAUGAUGAAUUCAGUUCUGUUGACUUCAGUGGAACAUUCUAUGUCAACACAGACCGGGAUGAUGAUUAUGCUGGGUUUGUCUUUGGCUACCAGUCCAGCAGUCGUUUCUAUGUCCUGAUGUGGAAGCAAGUGACUCAGACGUAUUGGGAGGAUAAGCCCACCAGAGCUUAUGGGUACUCAGGGGUAUCACUUAAAGUAGUGAAUUCCACAACUGGCGCUGGUGAACAUUUGAGAAAUGCUCUUUGGCAUACAGGAAAUACACCUGGACAGGUGCGCACCUUGUGGCAUGACCCCAAAAAUGUCGGCUGGAAGGAUUACACAGCCUACAGGUGGCAUUUGAUCCACAGACCUAAGACAGGAUUAAUAAAGGUUUUAGUGUAUGAAGGGAAGCAAGUCAUGGCAGAUUCCGGACCAAUCUAUGACAAGACCUACGCUGGUGGACGGUUAGGUCUGUUUGUCUUUUCACAAGAGAUGGUAUACUUCUCUGACCUCAAGUAUGAAUGCAGAGUGACGAAUACUCGGACUUCAGCAGGCGCUAGUAUGAACAAUUACAGUUCAGCCACAGCUUAG